AUGGCAAGGUCCAAGUCUGAAGCUUCCGGGCGAUGGAUCCGACGCUGCUUUCAGUGCUGGAUAGCACCCUUGCUGUUUCUUGCUUCCUCUCCAUACUUGGCACGAGAUAUAAGUGAAACUGACAAGACCCAGGAAGAUCACCCUGAUCUUACGGCAAUCGCUGCUGUUCUGGGGCCAUUGCUAGGCAUAGUAGCAGCUUCUUUAGCAGGUAUGCUUGCUGCCUUGCUAGGUUGCUCCCCAUGCAGGAUCGCGCCUGUGCAGUUUUCUGUGCAGUUUCUCAUUUUGUAUGCACAUGGAUUUGGGCAUGGCUUUCUCGAUUUUGGUGAAAGUGUCUCUGGACCAGAAACAACGCCUGGAAGUAUUUUGAGAGAUGCCACGAUGGCAUCUGCAUUUGGGGCGCAGAAGAAGUUCUUGGACAAGAGAACACUUGGGACAGGGCUUGGCCGGCUUGGGACUAUGUCAGUGGUUUUGCCGUGCUUGAACGAACCUUACGCAUACAACACUGUGAUGAAGUUCUGUAAUAGAACUCCUCCGGAGGUGCUCGAAGAGAUCAUUGUGGUUGAUGAUGCAUCGACUCCACCUAUGGUUGAAAGGCUGCAGGAUGUUCCAAGCCAUUGCAAGCUCAAAGUUCUGAGGCACGAGGACUCAUUUGGUUUGAUGAUAGCGAAGCAAACUGGAGGAGAUGCAGCGAAGGGGACAUACAUUGGAUUCUAUGAUUGUCAUGUUGCGCCUGCUGUGGACUGGUUUAAGGAAACCAUUGACCUGCUAGCGGUGAAGGAGAGAAGGUUGGUGGUUCCAAUGAUCGUAUCCUCGAUGCAAAAAGCCAGCGACCUCAAAAUGUAA